GGUUGUAGUCUUCAGCUUCAUCAUGUCUGGACUCCUGUUACUUGUCAUCUUCGUGACUUGUCAUUUUUUUCUGACAGUUUCCUCACAUGAGCUUCAAGGACAAGGUCAGAAACCACAGAUGAGUGUUCAUCAUUUUGAUGGGGAAGUUCAGUUUGUUUGCUCUCUGCCUGGAUCUGUGAAAGAUGACACAAGAUGUAAUCUGUACUUUGGAGAAGCAAGUCGUGCAGUCCUAAAUCAAACUGUGAAGAAGGAAAGCAGCUCAAAAGACCAGAGGUUCUGCCAGUUUUAUGUCUCCGUUGCUGAUUUUUUGAGACAUCUACUUCUUGUUCAACAAAAGGAUGCCAGCUGUGAUUACAGUUUGGAAAGUGAACCCAACUCUUUGUCACCUCGCAGUGAUCGAUACAACAUGACACAUAUUUUGGCGAAAGAAUCACCAACAACCAAAGUGAACUCACCAUGUACCAUGACCACAGCACUGAGUCUCAGCAAUCCCAGUGCUUCCAAUAAUACCACUCCUGUAACCCCACUAUCAGAAGUUCCAAAUCUUCAAAACCCUACCUCACAAAAGAAAACAUCAGCAGCAUCAAGAAUAACCACCACAAAGUCAACAUCUACCACAGCAAAACCACAGCAAGAUUCUUCCCCCUCUACAACUGUGAACUCACCGUCUAAGUCAGCAGAAUCAAGUCUCACAGCACGCAGGGCUUCCACUUCUACCAGUACUGUGGACUCACCAUCAGAUGAAGUCUCAAGAAAGAUAAACACAAAAUCAUCAUUUACCUUGACCACAGCAGAAUCGAGUCUCAGCAGUUUCAGUGUUUCCACUUCUACCACUUCUGUCAUCUCACCAUCAGGAAUGAGGACACUGACUGUUGUGCUGGUCGUCGUUGGUUCUGGUGUAACUGUGGGUGCCAUCUUAUUGGUACUGGCACUUUUCAGAUCUAAAAGAAGAACUGAAGGAUAUUCUCUAAAGAGGACAAGAACCAACAUCCAAGGUAUUGUUGUGUUGUUGAUUUAUACAAUACCUAGAACAGUAUUUAUACACUUGUUAACUGAGCUUUAUUAUUUACCUCCUGCUGCAGAUGACUUUGUGUGCAUGACAAAUAUUGACCCUGGAAGAAUGUUACCUGAAGGUGAUGAUGGAGCCUACAGUGUGAUCACUUCAAUACCCGGUGCCAGCUGUGCUACCGGUGCUGAGAAACUGAACAAACAAGAAAGGAAAGAGCAAGAUUCUGAUAUUUAUCAUCCAUACGCCACCAUCUCUGAGAAACCAGCUGCACCAGUCUCACAGGACAUGACCUACAGCAUGCUGCAGGCACAUUGAUGAUGCUUAUUAUUUUAUUUUCAGUAAUGUAAAUACCCACUGUUACUCUGUCAGUACUGGAAAUGUUUUCUGUUCCUUGAACAAACUGUACUCUGCAGAAGCUGCAAGUUAAGAUUGUAACCGUGUUUUUGUUCUAAUCAAUGUUAGCACAACAUUUUGAAAUUGGAUAUUUUUCGGUAUUGUAAGACAUUAAACACAGAGACAUACUUAUAUACAAACACAUGAUACGGUAUCAUGCACACAACCAAAGAUCCCAGAGGGACUAAAAGAGAAGUAAUGCACAUUAUGUCAUUCCAUAACCAGUUCACUUAAUCAAAAUAGACUGGUAAUGGGGCUGCAGUGUUUAUUUCAAUUCAACCCAGUUUUGUUUAUAUAGCACAAAAGCACAACAACAGUUACCUCAAGAUUAUCACUGUUACAUCAGAGCAUGAGGGUCCUGGAAUCCAAACCACCAGCCAGCUGGGCUUUUCUGUGUGGAGUUUGGAUGUUCUCACUGUGCUGGGUCGGUUCUCUCCAGGCUUCCUUCCAUACUUCAAAGACAUGCAUGGUGUUAGGUUAACUGGGGGAUCGAAAUUGGUCACACUGCAUAAAGGUUUUCCUGUCUUUAUGUGUUAGGGCCCCAUUAUAUCUGCCUUUCAUGUAUAUAAGACACUGUAGUCACUAUAUUUCUGCUAGUUAAUGUCAAAUUGCCAUCUGUGUUUAGCUCAAAAAUUUUGCACAGCAUUUUUCCUGAAACUAUUUUUUCUUGUAUACAGGGAGUGCAGAAUUAUUAGGCAAAUGAGUAUUUUGUCCACAUCAUCCUCUUCAUGCAUGUUGUCUUACUCCAAGCUGUAUAGGCUCGAAAGCCUACUACCAA